AUGGGUGCUGAGCCUGGGGGUGCUGUCUCUGGGGGUGCUGGGUCUGGAGGUCCUGCGCCUAGAGGUGCUGCGCCUAGGGGAGCUCUCUCUUCCCAGCAGCUACGUGAGUGGUACUCUCAGUACUGUCGUAGCCUCCGGGGUGCUGCUGGAGCUGUUGGCGCUGGUCCUGCUGGAGGUGCUGCUGGCGCUGGUGCUUUUGAGGGUGCUGGAGUUGGCGCUGCUAGAGCCGGAGGUGCUGCUGGCGCUGGUGCUGCCGCUGGGGGUGCUGGUGCUGUCCAUGCUGUUUCUGGAGCUGGCGGUCCUGCUGGUGUUGGCGCUGGAGGUGCUGCGGGCGCUGGUGCUUGUGAGGGUGCUGGAGUUGGCGCUGCUAGAGCUGGAGGUGCUGAUGGUGUUGGAGCUGAUGGUGCUGCUGGCGCUGGUGCUUCCGAGGGUGCUGGAGUUGGCGCUGCUGGAGCCGGAGGUGCUGCUGGCGCUGGUGCUGCCGCUGGGGGUGCUGGUGCUGUCCCUGCUGUUUCUGGAGGCGCUGCGCGGCUGCGACCGUACUUGGUUCCGCUCCUUGAGCAGGUUCUUGGUCUCCCGCCUUCUACUGGUCCUGCUCCUCCCUUAGAGUGUCCACAGCCUGACCAGUCGCAGUCACAGUUACAGCCCGCCUCCUCACUGCCUGCUCCUUCUCCCUACACUAGUCCUACUGGAGGUCUUGCUGAGCGUCGUGGGCCUGCGUCUUGUCCUGCGUCGCCUAUUCGUGCUGCUCGCACUAGUAGUCGUGCUCCGCGUCCGCGUCCUCCUGCGGUCCUCGGCACGCACCAGAUGGCACUGCGUCCUUCCACUGCUCCUCUGCGUGUCCCGUUGCCGUCUCCUCCAGAGUCCUCUCUUCCUGUUCUUGCUGGCCCGGAUUCUAACUCUCUUCGUGCUGCCAGUCCUACUGUCACGCGUCUCCUGGCUACUGUUGUCACUGACCCUUCUUUUGAGUCCACUGCUGCGUCUGCCUUAGUUGCAGAGUUGGUCGACAUGUGA